AUGGGCUGCGGGGCGCUGCUGGCCGCCGCGGCGCUCUUGCUCCUGCGGCUGCAUCUGGCACUGUCAGAGGAGCCCCUCAGCAUGGCUGGCCGGAAGUGCAACACCAUCUACAAGGGCUUUGCCAAUUGCCUGAUCAGCCUUGGGGACAGUAUGGCACAAAAUGUUCAACAGCAGCAGGAUGAAAGCAGCCAAGAAUUGCAGGAGUUGGAGACUAUUUGCAGGUCCUGGGACGACUUCCACUCCUGCGCCAGCCAGGUACUGUCCAGGUGCCCUGAUGAGGCAGCAGCCAUCUGGGAGUCACUUCGGCAAGAGUCCCGGAAGUUCCAGUUCCAAGGAAACCUCCAUGACCUGUGCAGUACGCGGGUCCAGCCGGCUGGCAACGGAAGAGCUUUGGAUAUGGACGAAACCAACAAGGAGACCUUGCGAGGGUCGGCCUGGCUCCCCCAGCCCAGCCUCUUGGGCAGCCUGACUCUUGUGGCUCUGUUUGCUUUGGCACCUUGGGCCUAG